CGCGCUCGGGCAUCCAGGGCGCUCGCAGCAGGCACCAGGCUCCAGCGCUGGCGCCGGGGCCGCGGGGAGGAGGCGACUUCGCUCCCUGCGGCGGGAAGCCUCCUCGGUCCCGGAGAGCGGGCGGCGGCGGCAGCCUCCCCGGAGCGGCAGUACCGGAUGCUCCGCAUCACCUAGCGCCUCCCUUAGGAGUGCCAUCCCAGCCUGAUUGGAAACUGGAGAAGCGGCCCCGCCGUUGAUGAGUUUGUCUUGGGCGUUGGUGACCAGGUGAAACGGGAGGCCGACAUGGGGCAGAAGGUCACCGGAGGGAUCAAGACGGUGGACAUGAGGGACCCCACGUACCGGCCCUUGAAGCAGGAGCUCCAGGGUCUGGACUAUUGCAAGCCCACCCGCCUGGACCUGCUCCUGGACAUGCCUCCCGUGUCCUACGACGUCCAGCUGCUCCACUCCUGGAACAACAACGACCGCUCACUCAACGUCUUCGUGAAGGAGGACGAUAAGCUCAUCUUCCACCGGCAUCCGGUGGCCCAGAGCACGGAUGCCAUCAGGGGCAAAGUCGGGUACACGCGCGGGCUGCACGUAUGGCAGAUCACCUGGGCCAUGAGGCAGCGGGGCACCCACGCCGUGGUGGGGGUGGCAACAGCAGAUGCCCCCCUGCACUCCGUGGGGUACACAACACUCGUGGGGAAUAACCACGAGUCCUGGGGCUGGGACUUGGGGCGCAACCGGCUCUACCACGAUGGCAAAAACCAGCCGAGCAAGACAUACCCAGCCUUUCUGGAGCCAGACGAGACAUUCAUUGUCCCCGACUCCUUCCUGGUGGCCCUGGAUAUGGACGACGGGACCCUGAGCUUCAUUGUGGACGGACAGUACAUGGGAGUAGCUUUUCGGGGACUCAAGGGCAAAAAACUGUAUCCUGUAGUGAGUGCCGUCUGGGGCCACUGUGAGAUCCGCAUGCGCUACUUGAAUGGACUCGACCCGGAGCCCUUACCCCUCAUGGAUCUCUGCCGUCGCUCGGUGCGCCUGGCCCUGGGGAAGGGGCGCCUGGGUGAGAUCCACGCGCUGCCACUGCCCGCCUCCCUCAAGGCCUACCUCCUCUACCAGUGAUGCUCCACCUGGGACCGCCAGCACAACCAACCCCCGGUGCCAACUCACUGAGCCACCACAGCGCCACGAGCCUUGGACCGGCGUCCGAGGCGUGGGAGGGAGUCCCAACUUCCUUUUCAUCCUCCUUGGCUGCCCCGCCGGACACAGACGGCUUUGGAUACAGGCCCUUCUGCUCUCCUUCUGGACCUUGGCAGAAGUCCCCCGCAUGCCGUAUCACAGCCCCUCCUUGGAAAAAACACAGAGGAUAAACUGCUCCCCUGAGCUCUGAUCAGCUCUUGGGGUGGCCUGGGUGCUCCCGACACCUGCUGGGACCCCCCCCCCGGUGCCGAGAACAGAUCCAAGGGGUGCGAAGAGGUGCUUAGAUGAGGGCCAGCGCUGGCCCAGCAGGGCAGCCACAGUGGACGAAGCUCAGGAUGUCAGAAGCUCACCAUGGCCACCGAGGCAGAAACCAAAAUGGGACCUUCCCUAGGCGCAUGAGCACCCAGCAUCAGUCCUGGCUGCCGGUGCCUCCAUACCCUAUAUUUAUUCUUUUAACAGUAACAAAAGCCAUUUAUUUAUUCCAUUUAGAAAGGACACUUUGUUCGGGUCACUUCUCUCUGGAGUGUUCUGUUGCUUUUCUUCCACCUGCCCCUUCCUGGCAUGUGUGUGCCUCACCUGGCCCUUGCGCUGGGUCAUGUUUGUGAUGUGUCCCCACGUGGGCACAGGGGACCUCUGUGUGGGCCCCUUGAUCUACAGUUUCCAAGGGGCUCUGCUCCUGAGUGCCCGAGCGGGCCCCUGAAAGGGCACCUCACGUGCAAUAAUGAGUGUCUUAGGGACCUGUCUGCAAGGGCGGUGGCAGCUCCCUGCAUCCCCCCAGACAGCCACUUGUCACUCAGGCUCAUCCAUUUUUGCACGUGGUUUUAUUUUUUUAGUCUUCUGUGGGGUUUUUUGGUGUGGGUUUGGUUUCAUUUUCGCUUUCCUACCUGAGAUUUGCCACGUGAAUACUCGGAAGCUCUGGCUUCCCCUGUCGAGGACCUGCCGAAACAAGACAGGGGGAUGAGUGGGUCUGAGAGGCCAGGGGCAGGGCAGGACUGGGGAGACCAGAGCAGAGUUGUGUGUCCUCAAAGCCAGUGCCUGUCUCCGCUUGGUGCCCCUGUCCGGGCUCUGGGCUGAAGUGGAGCAGCCUCAGUUCAUCACGGUGCCCCAGAGCUGUGGGGUGGGGCAGGGU